AUGUCUACGUCUCUUCCUGCUUCUCACCAAGCUAUCAUUGAUACCCUGGUCAAAGACCUGCUACAAGCUAAACCGGAAGACCCUCUCCAGUAUUGUGCGAAUUACUUUAACCGUCAGCUCGAAUUCGAGCGGGCUUCCCACAAAUCAGCCAAGUCGCCCUCGAACGUGAGCACGAACGGCAAGAUGGCAGACACUGCUGGGCCUUUCGACAGCCGCAGCCCUUUCGCAGCCAAGAACAGCAUACAAGAGGAAGAAGAAGAACGUGAUACCUUUGGUUCCCCUACCGAUGCCACCUUCAAGAAUCGCGACUCGGGUCGUUCACCCUUUGGGGGUUCGGGUUUUGGCGCCGCGGCUGGUGGUGCUGCUGGUGGCAGCUUGUUUGGCAACUGGCUAGGCAAUCAGGCCACUGAGGACACCUCACAGCAAGCCCAACCACUACCCAACAACUAUGCUGCUGGUCGCCGAACCUCUGUCUCCGCCGAAUCCAUGCAACCAGAUUCCGAUUCCGGUAACUGGAAACCACCCAAACACUCCAAGACAGCCGAGCAAUUGGAGAGACUCAGAGCCGCUGUGUCGGGUAACUUUUUAUUUUCCAGCCUGGAUGAGGACUCCUUCCAAUUGGUGCUCGACGCACUCAUGGAGAAAAGCAUUCCCGCACCAAACAUCAAGGUUAUCACACAGGGUGACGAAGGGGAUUUCUUCUACGUGAUCGAGUCUGGCGACUUCGAUAUCUACAUCAACCCAAGCGGAUCAGUUGAAGCUGGCCCUGACGGUAUGGGAAACAAAGUUGCUACGAUUGGACCCGGUGGAAGCUUUGGUGAACUCGCCUUGAUGUACAACGCUCCUCGUGCUGCUACAGUUGUCAGUGCAUCCAAAGGUGGUUUGCUGUGGGCCUUGGAUCGUGUCACAUUCCGACGAAUCCUGAUGAAUAAUGCCUUCCAGAAACGAGAAAUGUACGAAGGUUUCCUCGGAGAAGUGCCGUUGCUUUCGUCCCUCAAACCGUACGAACGAGCCAAGAUCGCCGAUGCAUUGGAAACUGUCAAGUUCGAACCGGGUCAGAAUAUUAUCACCGAGGGCGAGCCCGGCGACGCCUUCUAUCUUCUGGAGUCAGGCCAUGCUGUGGCAUACAAACAUGGAGUGGACCACGCUGUCAAAGAAUACGGCCGAGGCGACUUUUUUGGUGAACUCGCUUUGUUGGAUGACAAGCCUCGAGCUGCGAGCGUGAUUGCGAAGGAUAAUGUCACCGUUGCCAAGCUCGGCAGAGAUGGAUUCAAGCGCCUUCUUGGACCAGUAGAGGGUAUCAUGAGACGCGAAGAGUACGAAGGCACCGAAGACCUAGACCCCCUAAGCCACCAGAAGACGGUGACUUAG